AUGGCCAAGGUAUCGGUGCUGAACGUGGCGGUGCUGGAGAAUCCGAGCCCUUUCCACAGCCCUUUCCGGUUUGAGAUCAGCUUCGAGUGCAAUGAGGCUCUGGUGGACGACCUAGAGUGGAAGAUAAUUUAUGUUGGCUCAGCUGAGAGUGAGGAGUUUGAUCAAAUCCUAGACUCAGUGCUGGUCGGCCCUAUCCCAGCAGGGAGACACAUGUUAGUCUUUCAGGCCAAUGCUCCCAACCCAUCCCUCAUCCCUGAGAGCGACGCCAUUGGUGUGACCAUGGUCCUCAUCACCUGCACGUACCAUGGGCAGGAGUUCAUCCAUGUGGGCUACUACGUCAACAAUGAGUGCCCUGACCCAGAGUUGCGGGAGAACCCACCCCCAAAGCCAGACUUCUCUCAGCUCCAACGGAACAUCUUGGCCUCGAAUCCCUGAGUGACCCAUUUCCACAUCAACUAGGACAACAACACGGACAGGCUGGAGGCCAUAGAGAACCAAGACCCUGCCCUAAGCUGCAGCCUCCCCAUCAACUGUACCCCUGUCAAGGGCUUGGGGCUCCCUGGCUGCGUCCCUGGCCUCCUCCCAGAGAACUCCAUGGACUGCAUCUAA